CAAGCUUCCCGAGUCAACCCGGGGAUGAUGUGGACCUGGGCACUGUGGAUGCUCCCUUUACUCUGCAGAUGCAGCCUGGCAGCUCUGCCAGCUAAACCUGAGAACAUUUCUUGUGUCUACUACUAUAUGAAAAAUUUAACUUGCACAUGGAGUCCAGAGAGAGAAAUCAAACACACCAACUACACAGUUACGAGAAUGUACACAUAUGCAAAGAAAAAGGAGACUUGCAGGACCAACAGUUCUGCAAGUGAAAAUCAGCCUUCGUGUUCUUUCUUUCCUCCAAACGUGACAAAUACAGAUUAUUUCACUGUUGAAGUGGAAGCAGAAAAUGCAGAAGGUAUAGUGAAAUCUUAUGUGACAGAGUGGCACACGGACUCCAUAGUGAAAACUGAACCACCUGAGAUUUUGAGUGUGAAACCUGUUUUGGGCGUCAAACGAAUGGUUCAAGUAAAAUGGAAAGCACCUGCGCUGGCUCCUGAGCCACCCAAUUUCUCAUACAGACUUCGAUUCUGGACCGUCAAUAGUACAAGUCGGAAGAGACUGCAAUUCCCCAGCAACGACUAUGCCUACAACCUCACACGUCUGCAGGCGUCUACGGAGUAUGUCGUGAAUCUGCAGUGUGCGGUUGGAGGGUCAAAGUUCUGGAGUGACUUGAGCCGAGAAGUAAGGGGAGUAACGGAGGCGGAAGCUCCAUACGGCCUGGAACUGUGGCGGGUCCUGAGACCAGCUGAGGUGGAUGGAAAAAGGCCAGUGCGGCUGCUGUGGAAGAAAGCAAGAGGAGCCCCAGUGCUGGAGGAAACACUUUUCUACAACAUACAGUACUCUCCGGAAAACAAUCCUAACCUCACAGAGACAGAGAACACCACGGACCAGCAGCUCGAACUGCGUCUGGGCGGCGAGACCUAUCGGGUGGCUGUGAUGUCUUACAAUUCUCUUGGGCAUUCUCCAGAGGCCAAGCUGAGGAUCCCAGCUAUCCAUGAAAAGCCAUUUCGGUGCAUCGAGGGCAUGCAGGCCAGGCUGGCUCAGGGCCUGCUGGUGGUGGAGUGGCAGAGCUGUGACCUGGAGGUGGAUGCCUGGAUGGUUGAGUGGGUCCCAGAUUUGGACUCAGAGCGUUCCACCUUGUCCUGGGAAUCUGUGUCUGGGGCCCAGAAGUGGACAAUCCAGCAAGAUAAAUUAAAGCCUUUGUGGUGCUAUAACAUCUCUGUGUAUCCAGUGUUGCAAGAUGAAGUGGGCGAGCCAUAUUCCAUCCAGGCUUAUGCCAAAGAAGGCAUUCCAUCGAAAGGACCCAUGACCAGGGUGGAGAACAUUGGUCUGAAGACAGCCAGAAUCACGUGGAAAGAAAUUCCCAAGAGUGAGAGAAACGGUUUCAUCAACAACUACACCAUAUUUUACCAAGCUGAAGAUGGAAGAGAAUUCUCCAAGACCGUCAACUCCAGCAUUCUGCAGUAUGACUUGGAGUCCCUGACACGGAAGACUUCCUAUGCUGUUUGGGUCAUGGCCAGUACCAGUGCUGGGGGAUACAAUGGGACCACACUAAACUUCAAGACGUUGUCAGUCAAUGUCCUUGAGAUCAUCCUUAUAACGUCUCUGGUUGGAGGAGGCCUCCUCCUUCUCUUCAUCUUGACUGUGGCCUACGGCCUCAAGAAGCCCAACAAACUGACUCACUUGUGUUGGCCCGAUGUUCCCAACCCUGCUGAAAGUAGUUUAGCUACGUGGCAUGGACAUUUCAAGGGUGAGCGAAAUCUGAAGGAGUUGGAUGACUCUGUGAACACAGAAGACAGGAUCCUAAAAUCACGUUCUGCCCCCCGCGACCUGAUCGACAAAUUGGUGGUGAACUUUGAGAAUUUUCUGGAAGAUGUUUCCACAGGGGAAGCCGGAAAGGGUUGGGAAAGCAUUUGGGCAGGGGAAAAGAACGAGUAUGUGACCUCCCCCUCCAGACGUGACUGCCUCCCAGGGAGGAGUGUCGAGGGGGCCCUGCCUUCGACUGAGCCUCUUCCCACAACGCCGGGAGGGGGCUGCUCCGAGGCCCCAGGGCAGCCUCUCCCCUCCGGCCCCGGUCUCCGGGAGGGCGACACGCCGACUCUGUAUUUGAAAAAUUCAGUGACAACCAGGGAAUUUCUCGUGUCUGAAGCCCUUCCAGACCGCACCGAGAGACAAGCUUAAAUGCCACGUGGCGGGAGGCCUUGGAGGCCCAGCGUGGGUGCCCCUGGCCCAGACGGGACACAGGCCCCAGGCAGGAAGCAA